CCCUCAAUAUAUAGAGCCUUGAACUCUCUGCUUCCUCCCCAACUCUCACUCUUCUCUUUUAAGCUUUUGUAAGAGCUCUGUCCAUUAAUUCUCUUACAGGUGGAUUUAUCAGAAGUUUUAACUGAUAAAUCAUACCAACAUUGUCAAUAUUUAGUGGGUUAGUGUCAUUAAACAUAAUUUAUAUCAUGGCAAGCUUUACAAAGCUCAUUGCAAUGGCUCCUCUGUUUAUGUUGUUGUGUCUGCCUUUAGCUUUUGCUGGGCAUGACUAUGGUCAAGCCCUAAGCAAAAGCUUUCUGUUCUUCGAAGCACAAAGAUCUGGUUAUCUUCCUCAUAACCAAAGAGUUAACUGGAGAGCUAACUCUGGUCUAAAUGAUGGCAAAGCCAGUGGGGUGGAUCUUGUUGGUGGGUACUAUGAUGCAGGAGAUAAUGUGAAGUUUGGUUUGCCUAUGGCUUUCACUGUUACAAUGGUUUCUUGGAGUAUUAUUGAAUAUGGUAAACAAAUGGCUAGUAGUGGUGAACUUGGUCAUGCUAUGGAUGCUGUUAAAUGGGGAACUGAUUACUUCAUUAAAGCUCACCCUGAACCUAAUGUUCUUUAUGGAGAGGUAGGAGAUGGCAACACUGACCAUUACUGUUGGCAAAGACCAGAAGACAUGACAACAGAUCGCCAUGCUUAUAAGAUAGACCCAAGUAAUCCCGGGUCGGAUCUCGCCGGUGAAACCGCCGCAGCUAUGGCGGCUGCCUCCAUGGUUUUCCGCCACAGUAAUCCUGCUUAUGCCAAUGAACUUCUCACUCAUGCACGUCAGCUAUUUGAUUUUGCAGACAAGUACAGAGGCAAAUAUGACAGCAGCAUUACUGUUGCACAAAAAUAUUACCGCUCAAUCAGUGGCUACAAUGAUGAGUUGUUGUGGGCAGCUGCUUGGUUGUAUCAGGCUACUAACAGUCAGUACUACUUGAGCUACCUUGCUGAAAAUGGCGACUCUAUGGGUGGGACUGGCUGGGGCAUGACUGAAUUUGGCUGGGAUGUUAAGUAUGCUGGUGUGCAAACCCUCGUCGCGAAGUUCUUGAUGCAAGGCAAAGCUGGCCACUAUGCACCAGUCUUUGAAAGGUACCAACAGAAAGCUGAAUACUUUAUGUGUUCGUGCCUCGGAAAGAACAGCAAGAAUGUUCAGAAAACUCCUGGUGGCUUGAUUUUCCGACAAAGAUGGAACAAUAUGCAGUUUGUUACGAGUGCCUCCUUCCUUGCCACAGUUUACUCUGACUAUCUUACUUCUUCCGGUAAAAGCAUGAGGUGUUCUUCGGGCAAUGUUGCUCCAUCUCAACUCCUAUCCUUCGCUCAAUCUCAGGUGGAUUACAUUCUUGGAGACAAUCCGAGAGGGACGAGUUAUAUGGUGGGAUAUGGAAACAGCUAUCCUAGACAAGUUCACCAUAGGGGUUCUUCUAUUGUUUCCUAUAAGGUGAAUCCUACAUUUGUCACCUGCAGAGGUGGUUAUGCCACUUGGUUUAGCCGGAAAGCAAGUGAUCCUAAUCUUCUCGCUGGUGCUAUCGUCGGUGGCCCUGAUGCGUAUGAUGACUUUGCUGAUGAAAGAGAUAACUAUGAACAAACCGAGCCUGCUACUUACAACAACGCUCCUCUUGUUGGUAUAUUAGCUAGAUUGCACGGUGGUCAUGGAGGCUACAACCAGCUUCUUCCAGUUGUGCUUCCGCAUCCUGCUCCUGUCCAGCAGAAACCUGCACCGCAACCAAAAGUAACUCCAGCUCCAGCAUCAACUUCUGUUCCUAUUGCUAUUGAGCAGAAAAUGACAGCUUCAUGGUAUGCCAAAGGAAGAACAUACUACAGAUAUUCCACUAUGGUGACCAACAAGUCAACAAAAACUUUGAAAAAUAUUAAUCUCUCUAUAUCAAAGCUUUACGGUCCUAUUUGGGGUAUCACACAGUCUGGAAAUUCUUACACUUUUCCGUCAUGGAUUAACUCAUUACCCGCCGGGAAAAGUCUCGAGUUUGUUUAUAUUCAUUCGUCAUCUGCUGCAGAUGUCUCUGUUUCAAGCUACAUUCUAGCCUGAUAAUGGAAGUUUUUCAAUUACAGAAAUAGAAUGGAUUCUCAUAGCUUCUGAGGUUUUAAUGCAAGAGUUGUGCAGCUAUACAAAAACAAAACAAAAAAAGCAGUCCAGAAAGGUCUUUUUAUUCGCACCUUUUGUUCUUCAUUUGGGAUUUUCAACUUGUUGAUUAGUGCAAGGCUAUAAAUAAGCUUGAGGAUUGGAGGACGAAAGGAGCGACGAGACGAUGAAAAAGUGCUCAUCCUCUUUCUCCUUCACUUCACUACUUUUUUUUAUAUAGAAAUGUUUGAGAGAGUGAGAAUUGAGAAGUGAAAAAGAUCAUCUUCUCAAUAGAGAUUGCAAUAUUUUCUUUUGUAUUUGAGAACAGUUAUUUUCUUGCAUUUUGAUGUUGUAAGCUUUGCAACAGCUUUAAAUUUCCCUUAUAAAUGAAUAUAUAGUUUGUGCAA